AGCUGCUACAUCUCUGGAUUCCGUUGCAAAAGCUUGUUAAUAGUUCAGCCAAACACUAAUGGUCCAGAAUUUAAUGGCUUUAUGAGGAAUGUGUGAAAGAACUGAGAAUCAAGACCAUAUUUGUGUUUACACUUUGCUGACAGUCCUGAGAGAGGAGAGGACUUCUUUGAUACCAGAUCAGGGACUACGAUGAAGACAUCCUGAAAUAGGACAACUCAGUAGAAUUUGGAUAUCAAAAGGUAACAUGCCACCAUCUGAAAUGAAUAUCUCCCGAAUUCGUAUUGCGCCUGGAUACUACAAAUGGAUAGAAAAUGAAUUUGUUAUUUCUGAACCUAUACAAGUCAACAUUUCUUUCAAUGAUACAGAAAUUGUUUCAAAUGUGUCUAAAAUAUCAGGAUUCUACUCUUCACGAUAUGACGAAUUGUUCGAUAGUUUAACACAAAACCUUCUCUGUGCAUUCUUUGCCUUGAUUUGCAUUUUGGGCCUGGUGGGAAAUGGAAGGACAAUUUAUCUCCUGGCCUUUUCCAUUAAGAGGAAUCCUUUCACCACUUUCAUCCUGAAUCUCUCCGUCGCUGAUUUUGGAGUCCUCACAUCCCUCGUUAUGGCAGAAAUAUUUGUGACAGUGUUAACUCUGGGUAAAGUAAGUGACGUUGUCCAAACAUUUUUCUUCUUAUUUUUCGUGCUCUUUUCCUUCACCUAUUCUGCCAGCCAGUUUCUGCUGACGGCUAUCAGCCUAGACAGGUGCGUGGCUGUCCUCUUCCCUCUCUGGCAUCGCUGCCAUCGUCCUCCAUAUUUGCCCAGUCUUGUUUGUGGCCUCAUCUGGAUCUUCUCCUUCCUGCUCUCUACGGUGCACUUCAUUCUGUAUUACACCAAGAGUUCAGUUGUGCUUUACCAGCUGAUUGUGAAUGCUUUGCUUUGUACACCUCUUAUGGUUGUAUCCACUGUAACUCUCUUGGUUUAUACGAGGUCUAAAAUACAACACAAUCAAAGGAAACUUCUCACCACCAUCUUGCUGGCUCUCAUCUUCUUCCUCCUACUUUCUCUCCCAAUGAAUGUCUUUUAUGUCAUUGAAUAUUUUGGUUUCUAUAAGGCCAUCCUCAUGACAGUCGGGUAUGGAUGUGCUGUUCUCAACAGCAGCAUCAACCCACUCCUUUAUUUCUUUGUCGGGAGAAUGAAGAAGGGAAAGGAUCAGCCCAGAGCAUCCUUUAAGGUGGCUCUGCAAAGAAUUUUCAAGGAUGAGCAGGAAAGCUCUGAAGAGCAGCAAACUACGGAGGAAAGCAUAUUGUGAAGUGUCACUAUUGUUUUAUAAUCAUUUUAAAACCCCUAAGUAAUUUGUGGGUUCAGUAAGAAAAUUGAUGUGAUUUACUGAAGAAGCUGAACGCAAAACCAUACAAACAGGAAAUAUUUAUCUGUAGAUAAUUCUCAAAGUGAAUAUGCUUGUAUAGUACCGUAAAUGUUUUACUUAUAUAAUUCCUUUAUUCUUACUGCAUGAAAUUUUCAAAAUGUGUAACCUUUACCAUUGUAUUUUAUUUUUAUUUGUUAGGUAUUUUUCAAGAUUUCAUGAAGUUGAUAGAAUAUAUGAAUUCACGAAUGAACUUGGUAAAAUAUAUGAAUUCACAAAUGAGUUUAGUAGAAUAUAUGAAUUCAUCAAUGAAUUUGGUAGAAUAUAUGAAUUCAUGAACGAACUUGGUAGAAUAUAUGAAUUCACGAAUGAACUUGGUAGAAUCCAUGGCUUCACUAAAAAUUCUAAAACAUGUAAAUAUAUACAUGUAAAAAUGUAUAAAGAAAGAAAAGACAAGGAGAAAAAAGAUGUA